CCCGCUUCAUGAUGAACACCACCUCUCCGUAUGAAAUGAGAAUAUGAAAGCCUUCUCGAAUACAUCUCGGAAUCCUUGAAACUCACUGCAGACCUGUGCUCGGAACUCACCACGCAUCACGGCGUCCAGGCCCAUACCGUCAAAGCCAACCUUGGCCAGCCCGACACUGCAGCAAGGAUGGCCAGCUUCUGGUUAACAUUUUCAUCAACAACGCCAGCGUGGGUGGGUAUUACCCGCUGGAGAAGGUCCCCGUCGAGGAGUUCCACUAGGUGUAUGCGGUGAAUGUUCUCGCGCCCAUCAUGGUCACGCAAGCUGUGCUCCCCUACCUACCCCAUGAUUGCUCCGGUCAUAUGGUCAACAUCUCAUCAGUGGCCUCGUCCAUGGGCUUUACAACCCAUACUCUUUACCGGGGCACCAAGGCAGCCCUAGAAUCGAUGACGCAAACUUUGGCCGUGAGCUGGCGGAGAGGGCCACGGUUAGUUCUGUGGAGGGAGAUAUGUAGUUUGCUGCGGGAAAAGUUCUGGAAAUAGAUGCAGCCUCUCCAGUUGAAUUGUCCCUUGUCCUCUCUG